UUUAUCCCCUUGCUCUUUUAGGAUUUUUCUUGGCCUCGUUGGAUUGUCUAUGGACUAUAUAUAUCGUUCUGAUUGUUGAACUUGAAUCAGAGAAACAAAACGAACUAAGCAACUAAGAUUUAGAGAGAGAUAGAGAGAGAGAGAUGGCAGAACAUGAAGCAUUUCCAAUGAAUGGUGGAUCUGGCUUGUAUAGCUACACCAGAAACUCCACCUUUCAGAGAAAAGAUACAGAGGCUGCUAGAGAACUGAUAAACAAGGGAAUUGCUGAGAAACUUUAUCUCAACAACAUUUCAUCCUCAUCAAACACCUUUAGAUUGGCGGAUUUGGGGUGCUCAGUUGGACCCAAUACAUUCUUAGCAGUGGAAAACAUAGUUGAUUCUGUGGAGGACAAGUACAAAAGCCAAGGACUUAAUCAUCAUCUUCCUGAGUUCCAAGUCUUCUUUAAUGAUCAUAUCUCCAAUGAUUUCAACCAGCUUUUCUCAUCCCUUCCUCCUGAGAGAAGAUACUAUGCAACCGGUGUACCUGGUUCUUUCCAUGGUCGCUUGUUUCCAAGUUCCUCUCUACACUUUGUCUAUUCUUCCCAUGCUGUCCAUUGGCUUUCUAGAGUGCCUAAAGAGGUAUUGGACAAAAACUCCCCUGCUUGGAACAAAGGGAGGAUCCACUACUCAAAUUCUCCAAUUGAAGUUGUAAAAUCUUACGAAGCUCAAUAUGUCAAGGAUAUGGAGAGGUUUCUAAAUGCAAGAGCUCAAGAGAUUGUCCAUGGAGGAUUAAUGGCCCUUCUAGUGCCAGCUUGCCCCAAUGAAACUCCCCAUUCUGAACUAUUUUUCAACAAGAUUACAGAACUGCUUGGGUCUUGCUUCAUGGAAUUGGCCAAAAAGGGUAUGAUAAGUGAAGAGAAAGUUGAUUCCUUCAACGUACCAUUGUACAAUGCAACUUUCCAGCAAGCAGAAGCAAUUGUGGACCAAAAUGGAUAUUUCAGCAUAGAAAUAAUGGAGAGCCUAACCAAGGAAAACCCACCAUCUAGACUCCACUCCUCUGGACUUAGAGCUGGUCUUGAGGAUUUGAUAAAGCAACAUUUUGGAGAUGAGAUUGACUUUGACAAGCUUUUUGAUUUGUAUUGCAAGAAAUUUGAAGAAAUUUUUUCUACCAAUCAACCAAAUAAACCAGUUGUUCUAUUUCUUUUACUCAAACGUAAAUGAAAAAGCUGUUUUUUAGGUUUGGUUUGCUCACUAGGAACAGCUUGUACCUAAUUCCUUCUUCUCUCCAAAUUGAGAUGCAGGGCUUAUUUGAAUUAUUUGGAUUUUCAUAAUAUGGAUGCUGUGACAAAUGCUUCUGCUUAA